AUGCAGACUUCAACGCUGCAACAUGCAUGCGCACCUGCCGUGCAUCGGCUGAAAGUGCGCGCGCCACGCCUCGAUUACACACGCCGCGUCACCAUUCGCCAGCUGUCAGAGCAAAAGCUGCUGGCCCGAGAUGUGUCCUUGCGUCGUGCUGUCAUGAUUCACGCCGCGCUCCCCCUUCUCGAGCGUCCGGACGAUGUGGAGAUGACACCGCCUCGCCAUAAGAUGUUUGAGUUUGAUGAGGUCGACGCCUCACCCACCGAGGAUCUGUCUCAGUGCAGCAAGCGUCUCUCGGCACCUACUCGUCGCCGCAUUCUUGAUGAUGUUGAUGACGAGAACGACGCGGAAUCUUUUGAUUUGGAAGCCGUCGAAGCCGCCUCGGUCGAACCUCUCGAACCGCUCCGUGCCCGGCGCCGCGUCUUGGAUGACAAUGCCAUCCUCGCCUAAUUGUCCUGCCGAGCUCGGCUUUUUCGCCAGCCACCACCAC